AUGGGUUGGAUCUCAGAGUCCUUUGUGUUCCAGGUCCUCGCUCCGGCCACCCUUCGCUCCUCUCCCAACACCAUGUGCUCCACUGGAUGCUGUUCCACGGGAUGCUGCUCUGUCGUGAAGAGCAAGACCGUGUGCUGCAGCCCCUGCAAGACGGUGUGCUGCAGCCCCUGCAAGACGGUGUGCUGCAGCCCCUGCAAGACUGUGUGCUGCAGCCCCUGCAAGACCGUGUGCUGCAGCCCCUGCAAGACCGUGUGCUGCUCCCCGUGCCAGCAAUCCUGCUGCUGUGACCCGUGCCAGUCCUGCUGUGACCCGUGCCAGUCGGUGUGCUGCACCAAGGUGUGCCAGAAGUCGGUGUGCUGUGUCCCCCGGCCCUGCUGCUGCCCCUGCGGGUCCCUGUCCUGCUGCUCCUGCGUGGUGAAGAAGCCCGUGGUGGUUUGCUGCACCCCGGUGAGGAAGUACUGCACGCCCUGCAUCCCCAUCCAGCAGUGCUGCGCCAGCCUCAAGAAGAGCUGCUGAGCUCACCCCGGGUGGCUCUGAGGGCUCCACACGAGGAGCUGAAAAGCUGCUCGUUUGCUUCUGGUUCUCAUCGUGAUGGAGCCAAUUCGCAGCAAUUUUCUUCUUCUUCUUCUUCUUCUCCAGCUUUAGCUGCAGC